AUGUACGCUGAUGACAUUAAGAUUUACGGCAUAUACGAUGACGAGAACUACCUCGAAGUACGCAAUGCACUUCAGACAUCACUAGCUAAAAUGUCCGACUGGGCCUCCAAAUGGGAUCUGCGCAUUAACCACGACAAGUCUCUGGUUAUGCAUAUAGGUAAAGGGAAUGUGGCUGAGUAUAGUAUGAAUGGUGUAGCUCUUAAAAUUUGUAAAUCUGUAAGAGACUUAGGGAUUUUUGUGGAUUAUAACCUCAACUUCACAGAACAUAUUGAUCAUAUUGUAAGGAAAGCAUACUCGGCCCUUUUUCGACUAUUCCGCAUUGUUCACACCUCUAAUCCAACUAUUCUCACUCGUCUAUACAAAUCGUUCGUCUUACCUCAUCUUGAAUAUGGCUCUCAAAUUUGGAGCCCUUCAAAGAAAAAAAUAUAUAGCAAAGCUCGAAAAGGUGCAAGAGACUUUUACGCGUAUGUUAUGCAGAAGAAUGUCAACAGACUUAGCGGUGAAUAG